GGAUGACGGCCAUUUUCUAUUUCUUGUUUUUCCUUCUUAUCAAAAAUAAUAAAAAUUCUUCAAAUGAUUGAAUUUUUCAGAUCAAAAAGUUUUUAUUUUCUCUUCGUUUCGUUCUGAAUUUGAACUUGGGCAACUUGAAAGUUGAAAAGUGAAACGUUCGUGGAAAGUUUUAAAAAAUCUGAUAGAGUUGUUUAUUUCGCAAGUCCUGUGUAAAAUCUCUCAUUAUUCUGAAAAGUGUGGUUGAUGUUUUCGUUGAAUUUGCAUAUCCGAAGUUUUUAUAGAAAUGUCCAGCAAAGGAAAUAAUUCUAUAAAUAUAAGAAACGAUCUCGCCGAACUUGUGAAAAGGAAAGCGGAAAUUUCGGAAACAUUAGCUAAUUUAGAACGCCAAAUUUAUGCAUUUGAAGGUAGUUAUCUAGAAGACACACAUUUGUACGGCAAUAUAAUCAGAGGAUGGGAUAGGUACUUGACUAGUAAUAAAAGUGCCAAUGGAAAAACAGAUAAGAGGAACCGUAAAUUCAAAGAACAGGAAAGAUUGUUCUCCAAAUCAUCUAUCACAUCGAUGGCGGCUGUCAGUGGUCUCGUAGAAAUGCCUGACAAAUUGGAUCAAAACAGUGAAAGUGAAUCUCAAGGAUAUAGCGGGAGUGAGGAUACGAUAUCCAAAGAAACGGGAAAAGUUAACAGUACGAAAUUUAAUUCAACAUCUCUAAAUACAGAUUCUAGUAGCAUAGCAUCCCUAAAAACAUCCUCUCAGAAAACCCAGCAAGCUAAGAAAUCGUCUAAAAAAUUUAGAUACCGAUAAGGCAGUCUAUACCUUAUUCAUUCGAGUUUUUCAAAUAAGAUCUCAUAUUUAUUGCUGCAUCACUGACGUUUGAAAUUGCGAUUUCAAGAUUUCAAACAAAAAAUUACGUAUUAAUAUUUUUGUAAGCUACAGAGUGAUACUUGACUCGACGUAAGGAAAUGUAAUUACUCGUAUAAUGAUUUUAUCAGUAUUAAUACCGCUUUAAGUGAAUCUUGUGACGUUUACGUAUAACAAGAUGAAUUUCUAUCAGAUUAAUAGACGUAUUUAUGGAUGUACUUGAAGUGCAUAACAUGACUAUUUAAAACAAUAAAUAAAUAAAAGACUUACAGUAAAAUAAUAUGACGGAAAUGAGAACUGGAGUUUUAAACAUUGAAGACUAUAGAAAUCAAGAUAAUUUAUUAAAAAAGGAAUAUAUAAUUUUCGCUAUAAUGACUAGCAAUAUAAAAUUAUUUCAGUAGGUACACAAAAAUAUAAAAUUCACAAAUAAAAAUUCUUUCCAACUAUUUUGUGGUAAAAUGCGAAGAAAUUAGACAAUUUCAUCCCAGGAGAUGUCAAACUCAAUUCUGACAAAAAACAUACUUAAGCGACAGAGAUUAUCGCGAAUCUUCUGGACUACUGCUCAGUCUAGUGAACCUCCCAUUCCACCGGUUUUCUGAAAUUUAAAAGCAAAAUUAUGGAGGCGCACUCUUGCAAACAAAAAAAAUUAAACCCAAUUCUACUUACGAGUUGAAAUUUCUGGAAAACUAAAAGUAGAAAACAGCCAUAUCAAAAAAUAAAAAAUUAUUGGUAACAUGCAAACAAUCGCAGAAGAUGCGAGAAAUAUAAUAUCUUGUUUUUCACGAAUGGCGGAACAAUUAUAUUUUUUACUCCAUUCGUACCGCGUGUUGUUCAUCUGAAAUGAAAAAGUAUCAUGUGGGUAAUCGUCCAAUCGAAUACUCAAAAACUGAAGAACAAAAAAAAACGAACCAUGUCUAUAACAUCCAUACAAAAUUCUCGAUGAGACCCAUGCUCACUGUAGAAAUCAUUCAAGUGACAAUAAAUACUUUUACAAUCAUUGCACAGUGUGGAUGAGUUAUGUUCAUUGGAAUUGAAACAAGCCUCUGUUUCGUUGUGGAUUUUAAAAAUACCCAUCGUGUUAGCAUUUAUUUUGGAAGAAUUUCUAUCCAAUGUGAAACAUUCUGAAAGAUUGCGAAGGUAAAAAUUCACUUAUAGGUACUCAGUUUUAGAACAUAUUAAUAAAUUGAGUGUCUCUACCUACUUUGACAAGCUGCUUUUUUCCAUUGUUCAUUCACAAACUGAAAACUAUUUUCAAUUAAAUCCAAUCGGUCCACAUUGAGUAAUUCUUUUUGACAGGCUUCACCCGAGUCUUCUUGAAGCUACGGGAAGAAAAUGAAAAUGAAAAUUAUGCGACAAAGAAAAUAAAGGUAGGAGAGUAAAAAUUUAAACAUCAAAAUUAUGCGAUGAAGAAAAUAACCUUCAGUAUAUCAUUAUGACUUUUCACGACAUCAUAAAAUUCGUUGACACAAUCUUGGCAGAUCAUUAUGGGCCGAGCAUGCCGAAUAACACAUCUUGUAAAAUUUGCUGUAAUAGUAGCGAAGUGCUCCAACAGCUGUAUACAAUUCUCUCCAAUAUUCAACCGGAGUCUGAAAAUGAUAACUCAAAAUUAUAGGGGGUAAUUCUUUGUCAUAAAAAUAAUGUAAUGAACAAAAUGUACUUAAUUACAAUGUAUCAUUCAUAAUUUGAGAAUCUGUAUUCUGGAUAUGGUUUGUGAAUACUGCGCUCGUCAAAUACCAAUAAAAACAUAUCCGCAAUUUGAAAACUCCAGAAAAUAACGACAUCAUAAAUAAUAAUAUAACAGAAGCGAACAAUUGAAAUGUUGCAUUACGUCUGAUAGGUUUAGUUGGCGAUUGUUUUUGCUGCGGAUGAUUCGUCAAUUUAAUAUAAUAUAAAUAGACAUGUAGUGAAGUGAUACACAAUAGAGGAACAAAGUUCAAAAUGUAUCCCAAGUAAUUGAUACAAUUUUAAGCACGAAAAGAGAAGUUGAAAGUGAAACACUUGGGUUAAAAAGAACUACGUAAUUUCAUUAGUUACAUUUAUCAGAAAAUAGACACAGAAUAAUGAGUAAUUAAUGCGUUUUUUGCACUAUUUCUGACUAAAAAUCUGGAAUUCGUUGAUUUUUUUGACGACGAAAUGACGAAAAAAUCAACUAAAAUUGAUAAAAAAAUUUUGAAUUUUGAUAAUGAAUGAGUCAUAACUCAUAGACCGUCAUAGUUUUGUUUAAUACCAGGUGUUUUGUAGUUAGUUAGAGGACAACUUUUUUUAUAUUAGUAUUUUUUUGAAGUAGCACCAGAGAGCGCGCAUAACAAAACAACACAACUCCGAGGAAAUGGAAUUUUGGAAACAACCUGGCAAUAAAAAAUUAGUGACAUCUGUCAUAUCACAACGUGUUAUGUUGUAAAUGUUGUAUUGUCCGAAGGCGAAGUGGAACCGUAAUCCGGUACUUGCGUAAGG